UCAGUCAGGUUAAGCCAUGCUCCGUCCUAUCUGCAUCCUCCUGCUCCUGCUGCACACCAGCAGCUCAGUCCACAAUGACGCCACAGAGUCCGUCAGUCCUCAGCCAGACCUGGACCCUCUGGACCCCACAGCUGAGGAAAACUCUAACCAAGCGAGAAACGGUGGGAGACGUGUCGACAACGCUAUGCAUAAUGGCCCAGACCAGAGCGAGGUGGGCUGCAGAGAGCUGAGGUCCAGAAAGUACAUCUCUGACGGCCAGUGCACCAGUGUCAACCCCAUCAAGGAGCUGGUGUGUGCUGGUGAGUGUCUGCCAUCCCACCUGCUACCCAACUGGAUUGGGAGCAGAGGUUACACUGGGAGGUACUGGAGCCGCCGUGAUGCUCAGGAGUGGCGCUGUGUCAUCGAUCGGACCAGGACCCAGCGAAUUCGGCUACAGUGCGAAGAUGGCAGUUCGAGGGCCUACAAGAUAACCGUGGUGACCUCCUGCAAAUGCAAGCGCUACACUAGACAGCAGAAUGAUUCAGACCACAAGCAGACACCUGCCCACAGCAGUAAAUAGACUGGACUGUGAGAGGUGACAGUCAGGAGGCGGUCUGACAAUUAAAACCCAUGUAAUCAGUGACUACAAAUGGUCUCAUAACAGCCACUCCUGCCUUCACCAUGAAAUGUAUGGUUGAAUUCUAAGUGUGCCAAUAGUCACCCAAUAUUUAAGGACCAGGCUAGAUAUUAAAAAAAGAUGAAGACUGAAGACUUGUCUUUAAACUUAGAAUAUUGUGAAACAGAAAGAUGUUAUAAAAUGAGUCUAUGGCCCAAAACACAGGUCAGCAUUCUGAGGAAUAUGCUCAUUCGCUGUCUUUGAGGGAAUGAGAUAUUUAGAUUGAUAUCACUUCCAUGUCUGAGUUGAACCUGCAAUGCAAAAUUUUUGUAUCCCCAGUUGGAGUAAUAAUUGCAUAAACACUGUCGAUGCAUGUUUAAUAGUAUAUAUCUCACCAUCGACGACUUUCCUUUUACACUAUAAGUCAUCCUCUAAACACCAAAUUUCCUUAUUAUCUGGAUCAUGAGUGAUGUUUCUUGAAUACUUUCUAGGUUUUUCCAUCAUGCUCCUAGGUACUGUCGCUGUCAAAAUCUCUUUAAAACUCCCAUAGACUGUGAAAAACAGAGACUCGCAUGGUACUGAUAAUGUACUUAAUGAACUUUAUUAAGACUUGUUUGGCUUCAACGAUGCAGAUGUUCAUUUAUAAAUAAUAGUCUUGCACUCCAGCUUUAAGUGCUGUCAGACAGUCUGGGCAACAUCUCUAAUUAACAGGCUGUAACUUGUUUAUUCAAUCUGUACACAAAUAUUACAAAAAUAUGUGACAAUUGCUGGAGCUGGGACUUUUACUGACUAAGGAUAGUUUUCAUAUAGGCACAAUAAUACAAAACAAGCAACUUUGCUGUGAUGUCAAGACCUCUGGAAGCUAUGUACAGUCACUGCACCUGGCUCAAGAGAUAGUUCCAGCAUAUAAUAAAGUAUAAGCUCUAUUCUUGUAAAAUGCAGCUAAUGGCAGUUCUAACAUUGGCAUCUAUUAGAUCAGGCUACACUUGUAUAAAUUUGACAGUUGUGGGCAUCUGGCUGCAUGCUGCAGCUACAAAGCAACUUGACUUUGGAGUAUUUCAUAUAUCGUGAGUGCACCAAAUAUAGAAGUGUAACCAUUACUGAAAGCCCAGCCAUUAUGUAGAGCAAAUCCCAUAUGUGUGGACCUGUUCAGCAUGUAUGAAAUGGGAUUCUGGCAUUGGCAUAAGUGAAGAUGAGAAUGUCCCUGUAGAGAAUAAAGGAAGAAAAGAAGAUUUUGUUCCAUUUUAAUUAUUUCAUUUGA